GCGGCGGGCCGGCGGGCGGGGUCGAGGAGGCGAUGCGGGCGCGGGGCCGGGGGCGCCUGCCCCGGCAGCUGCUGCUGCUGUUGGCGCUCUGCGUGCAGGCGGCGCGGCCCAUGGGCUAUUUCGAGCUGCAGCUGAGCGCGCUGCGGAACGUGAACGGGGAGCUGCUGAGCGGCGCCUGCUGUGACGGCGACGGCCGGACGACGCGCUCGGGGGGCUGCGGCCACGACGAGUGCGACACGUACGUGCGCGUGUGCCUCAAGGAGUACCAGGCCAAGGUGACGCCCACGGGGCCCUGCAGCUACGGCCACGGCGCCACGCCCGUGCUGGGCGGCAACUCCUUCUACCUGCCGCCGGUGGGCGCAGCGGGGGACCGGGCGCGGGCCCGGGCCCGGGCCGGAGGCGACCAGGACCCGGGUCUCGUCGUCAUCCCCUUCCAGUUCGCCUGGCCGCGCUCCUUCACCCUCAUCGUGGAGGCCUGGGACUGGGACAACGACACCACCCCGGAUGAGGAACUGCUGAUCGAGCGGGUGUCGCACGCGGGCAUGAUCAACCCGGAGGACCGCUGGAAGAGCCUGCAUUUCAGCGGCCACGUGGCACACCUGGAGCUGAAGAUCCGUGUGCGCUGCGACGAGAACUACUACAGCGCCACCUGCAACAAGUUCUGCCGGCCCCGCAACGACUUCUUCGGCCACUACACCUGCGACCAGUACGGCAACAAGGCCUGCAUGGACGGCUGGAUGGGCCAGGAGUGCAAGGAGGCCGUGUGUAAGCAAGGAUGUAACCUGCUCCACGGGGGAUGCUCCGUGCCUGGGGAGUGCAGGUGCAGCUAUGGCUGGCAGGGGAGAUUCUGCGAUGAGUGCGUCCCGUACCCGGGCUGCGUGCACGGCAGCUGUGUGGAGCCCUGGCAGUGCAGCUGCGAGACCAACUGGGGCGGCCUGCUCUGCAACAAAGACCUGAACUACUGCGGCAGCCACCACCCCUGUACCAACGGGGGCACAUGCAUCAACGCGGAGCCUGACCAGUACCGCUGUGCCUGCCCCGACGGCUACUCGGGCAAGAACUGCGAGCGGGCCGAGCACGCCUGCGCCUCGAACCCGUGUGCCAACGGGGGCUCUUGUCACGAGGUGCCCUCAGGCUUCGAGUGCCACUGCCCCUCCGGCUGGAGCGGGCCCACCUGUGCGCUUGACAUCGACGAGUGCACCUCCAACCCGUGUGCGGCAGGGGGCACCUGCGUAGACCAGGUGGACGGCUUCGAGUGCAUCUGUCCCGAGCAGUGGGGGGGAGCCACCUGCCAGCUGGACGCCAAUGAGUGUGAAGGGAAGCCGUGCCUUAAUGCUUUUUCUUGCAAAAACCUGAUUGGUGGCUAUUACUGUGAUUGCAUCCCGGGCUGGAAGGGCACCAACUGUCAUAUCAACGUCAACGACUGUGGGGGCCAGUGUCAGCACGGCGGCACCUGCAAGGACCUGGUGAACGGCUACCAGUGCGUGUGCCCACGGGGCUUCGGGGGCCGGCACUGUGAGCGCCAGCUGGACGAAUGUGCCAGCAGCCCCUGCCACGUCGGCCUCUGCGAGGACCUGGUCGACGGCUUCCGCUGCCACUGCCCCCAGGGCUUCUCGGGGCCGCUCUGCGAGGUGGACGUUGACUUCUGCCAGCCGAGCCCCUGCCAGAACGGGGCCCGCUGCUAUAACCUGGAGGGCGACUACUACUGUGCGUGCCCCGAAGAUGUGGGCGGCAAGAACUGCUCCGAGCCCCGGGAGCCGUGCCCUGGGGGGGCCUGCAGAGCGGUCGAUGGCUGCGGGUUCGAGGUGGGGACCAGGGUGGCCCGCGUGGCCCCCACCGGCGUGUGUGGCCCCCAUGGACACUGCAUCAGCCAGCCUGGGGGCAACUUCUCCUGUGUCUGUGACAGCGGCUUCACAGGCACCUACUGCCACGAGAACAUCGACGACUGCCUCGGCCAGCCGUGCCGCAACGGGGGCACCUGCAUCGACGAGGUGGACACCUUCCGCUGCUUCUGCCCCAGCGGCUGGGAGGGCGAGCUCUGCGACACCAAUCCCAACGACUGCCUUCCCGAUCCCUGCCACAGCCGCGGCCGGUGUUACGACCUGGUCAACGACUUCUACUGCGCGUGUGACGAUGGUUGGAAAGGCAAGACCUGCCACUCACGUGAGUUCCAGUGUGACGCCUACACCUGCAGCAACGGUGGCACGUGCUACGACAGCGGCGACACCUUCCGCUGCGCCUGCCCCCCGGGCUGGAAGGGCAGCACCUGCGCGGUCGCUAAGAGCAGCAGCUGCCUGCCCAACCCCUGCGGGAACGGGGGCACCUGUGUGGGCAGCGGGGACUCCUUCUCCUGCAUCUGCCGGGACGGCUGGGAGGGCCGCACCUGCACACACAAUACCAACGACUGCAAUCCCCUGCCUUGCUACAACGGCGGUGUCUGCGUGGACGGCGUCAACUGGUUCCGCUGCGAGUGUGCGCCGGGCUUCGCGGGCCCUGACUGCCGCAUCAACAUUGACGAGUGCCAGUCCUCACCCUGCGCCUACGGGGCCACGUGUGUGGACGAGAUCAACGGCUACCGCUGCAGCUGCCCUCCUGGCCGGGCCGGCCCGCGGUGCCAGGAGGUGACUGUGUUCGGGAGGUCCUGCUGGUCCCAGGGAGUGCCCUUCCCUCAUGGGGGCUCCUGGGUGGAGGACUGUAACAGCUGCCGCUGCCUGGACGGCCGCCGGGCUUGCAGCAAGGUGUGGUGCGGCCGGAAGCCCUGCCUGCUGGCUGGCCGGCCUGACGCCCUGAGCACCCAGUGCCCACCUGGGCAGCGGUGCCAGGAGAAGGCCCCGGGCCAGUGCCUGCAGCCGCCCUGCAUGGCCUGGGGGGAGUGUGGCGCGGAGGAGCCCUUGCUGCCCAGCACCCCUUGCCGGCCGCGCUCCGGCCACCUGGACAACAACUGCGCCCGCCUCACCCUGCACUUCAACCGCGACCAGGUGCCCCAGGGUACCACCGUGGGCGCCGUCUGCUCAGGGAUCCGCGCUCUACCAGCCACGCGGGCGGUGGCCCGGGACCGCCUGCUCGUGCUGCUCUGUGACCGGCCGUCCUCAGAGGCCAGCGCGGUGGAGGUGGCUAUGUCCUUCAGCCCGGCACGCCGCGACCUGCCGGACAGCAGUCUGAUCCAGAGUGCAGCUCGAGCCAUCGUGGCGGCCAUCACCCGACAGGGGAACAGCUCGCUGCUGCUGGCUGUCACCGAGGUCAAGGUGGAGACAGUCGUCGUGGGCAGCUCCUCCACGGGUCUGCUGGUGUCGGUGCUGUGCGGCGUGUUCAGCAUGCUGUGUCUGGUGUGCGUGGCUGUCUGCGUGUGGUGGACCCGCAAGCGCAGGAAAGAGCGAGAGAGGAGCCGGCUGCCGCGGGAGGAGGGCGCCAACAACCAGUGGGCCCCGCUCAACCCCAUCCGCAACCCCAUCGAGCGGCCGGGUGGCCCCAAGGACGUGCUGUUCCCCUGCAAGAACUUCACGCCAGCCCCGCGCAGGGUGGGUGAGGCGCUGCCCGGGCCGGCAGGCAGCAGGGAGGACGAGGAGCCCGGCCGCGGCGAGGACGACGCUCCGGAGGCCGAGAAGUUCCUCUCGCGCAAGUUCACCAAAGACCCCGGCUGCUCGCCUGGGAGGCCGGCCCUCUGGGCCUCAGGCCCUAAGGUGGACAACCGCGCCGUUGGGAGCCUCGGCGCCACGUGCCGUGCCGUCCGGGAGUAGGGCUGCGGCCGCCAGCUGGGCCGGGACCCAGGGCCCCUCGCCGGGUGCCACGCCACCCGCCGGACCACAGGAGGCCGAGGCCGUGUGCGUAGUUCCUUUAUUUUGUGUAAAAAAAAGAA